GAUAUCACAUGGACAACCUGUAGUAAACCAACAAGCAAUUCCUACAGUCCCUUUUUUCUCUUUCCCUUUUAAGCACGAAACUGGUGGUCAGCCUUCACAGCUCCACCCUUUUCUUCCACGGCCGCCGUUAACGUCGCAUCUCUAAGCUUCAUCAAUUGGUAUUUUUUGGUGGGGUUGUAUUACCCACGAGCUGCAAGCAAUCAGUAAAGCAUCGAGCAUAAAAUCCCCCAAAAUGGCGGUUGAGUUUCAGUAACAACACAAUACGAGUGGAAGGUGAACGAGGAAAGAGCGACAGUUGGGGGGUUUUUGGAGAGUGGAAAAAUGGAGAAUCAGGAAGCUCGUGGGUCGAAUAAGGAACAGAGUUCGACGAAGAAAUCGAUUCCUCCGUACAUGAAGGCGAUCUCUGGUUCUCUCGGAGGGGUAAUGGAGGCUUGUUGUCUACAGCCGAUUGAUGUUAUCAAGACUAGGUUGCAGCUCGAUCGGAGCGGAGCGUACAAGGGGAUUGUUCACUGUGGAACCACGGUUACGCAAACGGAAGGAGUUCGAGCUCUUUGGAAGGGACUGACUCCCUUCGCUACGCAUCUGACCUUGAAAUAUGCGCUUCGUAUGGGGUCCAAUGCGGUUCUUCAGACCGCGUUUAAGGAUUCUGAAACUGGAAAACUCAGCAAUCAUGCUCGUCUGAUUUCUGGAUUUGGUGCCGGGGUUUUGGAGGCUCUCGUCAUUGUUACUCCAUUUGAGGUGGUGAAAAUCAGAUUGCAGCAGCAGAAAGGGCUGACUCCUGAGCUCCUCAAGUACAAGGGUCCAGUGCACUGUGCUCGAAUGAUUAUUCGAGAAGAAGGCCUCCUAGGACUUUGGGCAGGUGCUGCCCCAACUGUUAUGCGCAAUGGUACGAACCAGGCUGCCAUGUUUACUGCAAAGAAUGCCUUUGAUAUUGUUCUUUGGAACAGGCACGAAGGAGAUGGACAAGUCCUCCAGCCGUGGCAGUCGAUGAUAUCAGGAUUCCUAGCAGGCACAGCGGGUCCUUUGUGCACCGGACCUUUUGAUGUUGUGAAAACUAGGCUAAUGGCCCAGAGCCGAGGCACAGGUGAACUCAAGUACAAAGGCAUGUUCCAUGCUAUCAGAACUAUUUACGCAGAGGAGGGACUUUUUGCUUUAUGGAAAGGGCUGCUGCCUCGACUCAUGAGAAUUCCACCAGGGCAGGCCAUUGUGUGGGCUGUGGCCGAUCAAAUUAUUGGCUUGUAUGAGAGGAGAUAUCUUCAAGAUGCUCCCAUAUAAAUACUAGGCACAUUUUUGGCACCGUUUUACAAAGAGUCCACAACAGGCACGACCUUACUCGAAUGAGAUCUAUUCCAUGGAUUGCACUACUGUGUCCUCGAGUUCUAAUGUCCACUGCUAACUAAAUGGAGUCUUUUAGUCUCUCUUAUUGCAUGCCUUCAUUUUUCGUGUCUGUUUCAACCAUCGUCCAAAUAACCAAGAAGAUUUUGCGCCUCGUGACUUCGAAUGGAUCAAGUUAGGAGAUACAGGAAAGUACUUUUAGACUGAUAGUCCCUUUGAAAUUUAGUGUCUGAGUAGUGCUUAUUCUUUAGUCACAAUUUUUGGAUUCCUUGGGUGUAUCAAGACUUUUAUUGUUGGUAGAUGUUUUGGACUGAAUAACAUAAUUCCUUGUAGGCCUUGUAUCUGGUAACACUGUUAUCAAAAGGUAUUGAAAUUUUAAGAAAAUGAACAAUAAACGAAUUGGUUGAAAGAUGC